AGUCAAGUUCCAGAGCGCCUGCCAAGCCACAUGCGGCCCCCUGUCGGGAGACAUGAGCCGCCCUGGUCGCCUCCCUUGGAACGCGACACUCGCACUGUUCAUCGCCGCAGCAGCUGCAGCAGGCUACGUCUCGGCCGACGUGAACUGGAAUAACAUGAGGGGCGACGAAAACCUGGACAUCUCCUCAAUCCUGCCAGAAAACCCGCAGGAUUACGACAACCUUGCUCCUCCCAAGGAACAUGGAAAGGCAACAUCUGUCAAAUUCCACGUUACCGUCCUCAGCCUAGAUUCCAUCGACGAAGGUUCCAUGACCUACGUGGCGGACAUCUUCAUGUCACAGUCCUGGUACGACCACAGACUGAGGUUGCCGCGCAAUAUGACGUCCAAGUAUCGACUCCUCCCCGUGAACUGGUUGCACCAGAUGUGGCGGCCCGACUCGUUCUUCAAGAACGCAAAGCGCGUCACGUUCCAAGAGAUGACCAUUCCAAACCACUACAUAUGGCUCUACUCGGACGGCAGCAUACUCUAUAUGGUGAAGCUCACUCUCCUUCUCUCGUGCGCGAUGAAGUUCGAAACGUACCCACACGACACACAAGUCUGCACGAUGAAGAUCGAAAGCUUGUCGUACACAACGGAUGACCUCGUGUUCAGCUGGGACGAUAACGUGCCCCUGGUUGUAGAUGACGCCAUCGAGUUGCCUCAACACAACCUCGUCGAGACGGCGCUCAGCGACUGCACAACCGUUUAUUCUACAGGUAACUUCACCUGCAUCCAAGUGACCUUCACGCUCAAGCGACGCCUCGGCUACUACAUGUUCCACACGUACAUCCCGACCUGCCUGAUCGUCAUCAUGUCCUGGAUAUCCUUCUGGAUCAAGCCUGAGGCUGUGCCGGCCAGGGUGACGCUCUGCGUGACCAGCCUGCUCACCCUGUCCACGCAGCACGCGCAGUCGCAGAAGUCACUGCCCCCCGUGUCCUACAUCAAGGCCAUCGACAUCUUCAUGUCCUCCUGCACCGUGUUCGUGUUCGCCUCGCUCAUGGAGUACGCGCUCGUCAACAUCCUCAUGGGCGAGACGGACGAGAGCCUCGUCUACCGAAAGGCGAGGCCCGUCAACCUCGCCGCUAAGGUCACGGAAUCAAGGCGGCUCUCAAACGGUGCGCCCACGCAGAAGAUCGAGACAGCGCCCUCUUCAACAGGGCUACCUCGCCGACGUGACCGCGCCUUGCUUGUGGACAAGAUCUCUAGGGUAAUCUUCCCACUGUCCUUUGUCAUCCUCAACACCGUCUACUGGUCCGUCUACCUCGAUUACCCCUGAGGUACUGUCUCGUGUGGAAGAACUGCUCGUCAUAGAAGAUCAUCUUCAGCGUGAAACGCAGCUUGCGCGCAGCGCAACAAAGGACAUCAAGGACAUCGAGGACAUUCACUUCCCUCUGCCUGCAGGACAUAAUGCCGAGUUGUGGUGUUGCUUUGUGGUACACUAGAAGCUCGGGAAAGUCGCUUGCGUUCAGUCAGAGCUCUACGACGACCCCAGAUUGCAGGGCCAGCUCUGACACCACUCGGCAUUUCGGCGAUACUUUUCAAACAAACAACCUCCAUAAAAGUGCCAGCAAGAUCAAUCGUGGAUGGACACUUUGAAGGCAUAGAUCCUGCUGAACGCCGAACCAGCCAUAGCACAUAACCCUCCAGUCGCCAUGGCGCAGCCGACUUCAAAAUAGACUUGUAAGCAUAGUUUGGUAGUCAACACAAGUGAGUUCAUGCACGUGCUUCGUGAAGGACCAGUGUGAAAAUGACAGGUGGCAUCCUUUCAUCUGUGAUCUAUGGAGAAUGUUGCUCUAAAUCCUUCUCAUCAAAGCCCAGUGAUGCAGUCUGUGUAUUUUGUGCGCGCGGAGACUGAGCAAUCGCUGCGGCACCAAGGGGCCCAACGUAGAACGUUACCUCGGCAAAAGUGAGAGACACACAGAUUUCUUUAAGCGGCAGACGGUGAUUCUUACCUGUAAGGAACAUUCUCCAAGAACAGUCGGCAUACCGUCGCAGGAGGACAUUAAGAAGCCCUUAUUGCAUGUGUGCGUAGCUUCGAUUUAUUUGAACUGUGGCGAGUGAAGUGGUACAUCUAGUAGGGCCGAGAACGCCCAGGACACUGAAUUUCGACCACGUCAGAACGACAACGCUUAUGAAUAGUGUAUUGAGUGCGGGCUAUCCUGUGCGGCUGCCGUGUACCCAGUGGUUAGCGCGAAAACUUCGACUGAGGGCAUCUGUGAGACAGAAUGAGGGCGAUCCGUGACUCUAUCAAAGGACACCGCCAAGUCGAAGAAGUCGAAACUUGAAAGGGAAGUGUUGUGUAAAUGUGGUUAUUUACAUUGCAACUGGUUGUGACGCGCGCGACGCCGAGUGGUUAACCACAGUUGGUGUAUUCAAGGAUAAUGGACAACGUGGCGCGUAUGUGCAAACGCGUCUUGUUUUCCGGAAAGGUGGUGAGCACUUGACACUUCGGUCUGAAACUGACAUUUAACUUACAGGACAAUGUUAAACUCCUUCAGCUAGUGAUAGAAAAACUAGUUUCUCUUGUCGUUCUCCUACUAUCACAGCAGUCAAGUUCUCUUGUUGCAGCUACUUUGUGACCUCAUUAAGCUCAGCACACGCUUUUCGGCGACGCAGUGGGCGUACUGGGAAAACCAGAAAGCGACCCUUCUAUUGCACUGUCUGAACAGAUAAAAACUAAUAUUUUUUAUGAUUAUUUAGUUGGCUGCGUGUCAAGCGCGCUGUUGCUUAUAGAAUGAACCAUUGCCCGGUAAUGAGAUAUCAGCAAUAAGAGAAUAUUUCUGUACAGCCAUUCUCCUAAGGCACAGUGGGAGAAAUUCAUAAGCGGUAUAUUUUACGCUAAAGAAAGCAGAAAGGACCCAAUUAGACCACGCGAAAAACUGCUCGGAGUAAGCUAGUUCCCCAGAAAAUAAUACUAUAUCGCAUUGAACGAGCUGUUCGCUAGUUGAUACUUGCAGCAUUAUUAAUGGAAUACGUGUUGCCGAUUAGUAUAGCCUCAUUCAAGCCUUUCUAAUACGCGUAGAUGAAUUUGACAAGAAAUGUUCAAAAACUUGAUUAUUUUAGGUCUAUUGCAAUAAACACCAUUUUGUGAGACGUGAAGUAAGGCACUGUGAUCUACGAACUUUCCCAACCGGAGCAGCAGAAACAGUGUGCGUCGCUACCUUGAAUAUCGCUCUCUCUCUUGGUGUCCAUCAAAAAGUAUCAAAUGAUGCGAAAUCUCGUACGCGCGUUACCUAAAAUACGUCUUUAUUCUAUAAAUGUCUAGAUUAAAGCAAGAAAAGGUAUUUAAAUCACUUGUAUAUGUGCAAAAUGUUUCACUCACAGAAGUUCAUAAUAUAGAUUCUCGCCAGGUUCCUGGGAAAAUUUUGCACUUGAUUUUAGCCUAGUUUCGAGAACCACGACAUCAUGUGCCAUAUCUGCAAAUCAAAUUUGUGCCUACUUCGACUAUCGCAUAUUUCUCUUCUCCCUCUUCAACAAUAGAGAAAGAUAUCCUCAAUAAUAGCACCCAAAAGCUUUAGCCUAAAUAACCGGUUUCAACAGUAACAAACUUGCCGGAGUUCCAAAUUUUUAAGGACAUUUAUAGCUGGGGAAAAAUGAUUUCACUGCCGGGAGGCAGUAGAGCAGCCCAUAAUCGUAAUCGUCCCUAUCGAACAAAUUAUUAGAUAUGGCAGCAACACAGCGUGUCUCUUUUCGUCUAGCAAAUUUAAUAUAAAAGAAAGUUUAAGAAAAGAUGGGUGUUGUGAGUACAUGUUGAAAUUACACCUUUUUUUCGUCACUAUUACACAGAGGCUGGGAAAUGAUUUAACGUUUCAACUGCCACUCGAGAUGUUUCUUACAAGUUCGAGUAAAAAAUAAAUAUAAAUACUUAUUGCAUCUCGAAGUUUAGCGAAGUUAGCCACUGUCGGUAGUAAUUAGAAAAAAAAAAGACACGCACGAAGAAGUGUGAGUACGUCCUAGAAUAUCAGCUCAUGUACACGCUGGCUUCUUUUCAGAAUCUCUCCAACAUGACCAUCUCAUCUCGAGGCGAUAACUCCACGACCACUCAGGUCAUAGAUGCUCAGUUACAAACUCUGUCAAUAAAUUGCCUUUUCUUCUUGUUUACGUGUGUCGCUCAAACGAAACGCC